AUGAAGGCUGUUAUUGCUUCUAUUGCUCUUCCUCUGCUGGCUUCAGCGGCUCCCGUUGCCACAACCGCAGCCAACCCAGAAUUUGGUGUCAUGUCCGUUCGCUCCGGCUCGCCAAUCCACUACUUGCAGAUGAAUGCUUCAGGCCAGAAAUUCUAUCUCGGCGGAACUACUUCUUCCUACUGCCCAAGUAUUCAGGGCCUCGUUUGCCCUCCUGGAAACCAGACGGUCUUUGCUCCAGGUGGAAACGCCAUGAGCGUGGAGGUCCCCGGAGGCCAGCAGGUCUAUGUUGACCCUACUGGUGCUUUGAGCUUUACCCAAGCUCACUCCGCUUCUAUCCCCGCUGGUUCUGCGGUCGGUGAUAUGGUUUAUGAGAGUGGUGAGCCUUGGUCGCACUACAGUUUUAAUGGCUGGGGUGCGCAGGGUCUUAUGGCUUGCCCGACUACCGAUAAUCGCUGGCAGGUGUUUGCUGCCAUCCAGAACGCUACUGUCCCCUCUGGUAGUGUCGAUGACUGCCUUGGCUUCGAUGCUCUCGCUUUGACCUACACCGGUGAUAUCCCUGCUUGGCAGUACAUUUAA